CUCUCUCUCUCUUCUUCUCUCUUCUCUCUUUCCUUUUUCUCUCUUACUCUCCUUGUUCUUUUGGACUCUUCGGCUGAGAGAGUUUAAUGGCGAAAACCUCACAGCAAAACCAAAAGAACACUGCAAGCUCUAACAACAGCAACAGCAACAACACCAAUAGUACUGCUACAACAAAAGUCAAGCGGACGCGUAAAAGCGUCCGCCGUGACUCUCCGCCUCAGCGGAGCUCCAUCUACCGCGGAGUCACAAGGCACCGAUGGACGGGCCGAUAUGAAGCUCAUUUGUGGGAUAAGAAUUGCUGGAAUGAGUCACAAAACAAGAAAGGAAGACAAGUUUAUCUAGGAGCAUAUGAUGAUGAAGAAGCUGCUGCACGUGCUUAUGACUUGGCAGCAUUAAAGUACUGGGGACAAGAUACAAUCCUCAAUUUCCCGUUGGACACUUACCCAGAAGAGCUCAAGGAAAUGGAGAGCCAGUCGAAAGAAGAAUACAUUGGAUCAUUGAGGAGGAAAAGUAGUGGAUUUUCUCGUGGAGUUUCAAAAUACAGAGGCGUAGCCAGACACCAUCAUAAUGGAAGAUGGGAGGCUCGAAUUGGCAGGGUUUUCGGUAACAAAUAUCUCUACCUUGGAACAUAUGCUACCCAAGAAGAAGCAGCAACAGCAUAUGACAUGGCAGCAAUAGAGUACCGUGGACUUAAUGCUGUCACAAACUUCGACCUUAGCCGUUACAUCAAGUCACUAUGCCCAAAUAAUCAAAAUGUUCCUAACAACCCUCAACCAAACCCUAAUGGUGACCUCGGUCCAACGCAAAACCCUAAUUCGAAUUUAGGGUUAGGGUUCAUUCCUAAUUACCACUCGAGUUCUAGUAGCGCUAGCGAGUCAACGGUAGCUUUGCCAAGGCCAGGAAAUGGUGCCUCAGCGUCAUCGGCAUUAGGGCUUCUUCUACAAUCCCCUAAGUUCAAGGAAAUGCUUGAGAGAACCUCAACGUCGUCGACAGACUGCUCGUCGACACUUUCAGAGCCAGACAUACCACGCCGGAGUUUUCCCGAUGACAUUCAAACGUAUUUUGAUUGCCAAGACUUGAAUAGCUACGCCGAAGGAGAUGACAUCAUUUUUGGUGGCUUACACUCGUUUGCUUCACCUGUUUUUCAUUGUGAACUUGAUGCCUGAUGAUCCACAAAGUAACAAGGUUGAACACGUAACAAGCCUGUCCGUAUAUGAUAUGGAAAUUAAAUAUUUUCAUCUUCUUGUGCAUAUGAAGGUAAGGAUAUGGUGGUUGAUAGAGAAGACAAAGGAUGAAGAUUGAUGCUAAGAAUGAUCUUGGUAGACGCUUCUCUUCUUUAAUCUAAGGAUAUGAGGAAGAAGAGAGUUUGCUAAUUGUUGUUGUUAUUGGUUCAUUUUCAUAGUGUAGAUAGAGAUGAAUAUAGACAUUCAUUUAUCAAAAUAUUUCUUUCAAUAAGACAAGUUCAGACUGGCAUUUAAGAGCCGCACUCCUAUA